AAACAAAGAUAAAAUUUCCUCCGCCACUGAACCAUUCGUUUUUCCGUUUUGGCCGGAAAAAACACGGCGCAACUUCGGGGAGACUGAAAUCCAAAAGCGGAAGCACAUGCGUCUGGGGAGCGCGUCUUUUGUAUUAAAUCCAUAUAUAUUAUGAACACGCUCUUCGUUCCUCACUUCCGCUGUCUUUCUUGUCAUUUCUGCCCAAGAAUUAUCCGCCGCGAGAGAACAACUGAAAGGCCGAUCUUCGCUUCUUCAAUCUCUAUCACCGGCACCUCCCCCUCCUACAUAAAAUUCAGCUUGGACGAUGAGCAAAAACACGAAGAAGAAGAAGAAGGAUCCGACAUCCCUUCACUCCCGUAUCGCAAUUACGACUUCACUCCCCUAAUCGAAUUUCUCCAGUCCUAUACUCUCACGGACUCCAACUCACUUGAGUUUCCACCCGCUCGUCUCGACCCGUUUGAGUUAAAGCUGGCCGAGUCGUACCGAGCUGUCCCCGGUCCACUCUGGCACAACCUUCUCAAGUCGCUCACCUCCAUGCCCGAUUCCGUUUCCACUGCCUAUGCCCUCGUGACUUGGCUACAGAAGCACAACCUUUGUUUCUCGCAUGAGCUUCUCUACUCCAUUUUAAUUCACGCGCUGGGGAGAUCCGAGAAGCUCUACGAAGCCUUCUUGCUCUCUCAGCGACAAACACUGACCCCUAUGACCUAUAACGCUCUCAUAGGCGCCUGUGCUCGCAACAAUGAAAUCGAAAAAGCUCUGGACCUGCUUGCAAGAAUGCGCGGUGACGGUUAUCACUCGGACUUCCUGAAUUACAGUUUGAUUAUUCAGUCACUUACCAGGAGCAACACCAUUGAUUGCGCUCUGCUAGAGAAGUUUUAUGAGGAAAUGGAGGCUGAUAAGAUCGAGCUUGAUGCUCAGUUGAUGAAUGACAUAACAAUAGGGUUUUCCAAGGCCGGAAAUGUUGACCGGGCUUUGGAUUUCCUGGCAUUGAUUCAAGCAAACGGCUUGAGCCCGAAAAGAGCUACUAUUCUUACUGUAAUAUCAGAGUUGGGGAAUGCCGGCAGGGCAGAUGAAGCUGAAGCUGUCUUUGAGGAGUUGAAGGAAGGCGGGUUAAGGUCAAGAUUGAGGGCAUACAAUGCCCUAUUGAAAGGUUAUGUCAAAUCUGGCUCUUUAAAUGAUGCAAUGGAUGUUGUGUCUAAAAUGUAUAAAAUCGGGGUUUCACCAGAUGAGUAUACAUACAGUCUACUCAUUGAUGCUUAUUCAAAUGCGGGCAGAUGGGAGAAUGUAUGGGUCGUGUUAAAGGAAAUGAAAACAAAUGAUGUGAAACCUAACUCGCUUGUCUUUGGUAGGAUAUUGGCAGGUUAUUGUGACCGGGGAGAGUGGCCGAUAUCUGUUGAGGUUCUCAAGGAAAUGAAAAAGCUCGGGGCUGAACCCGACACCCAUUUCUAUAAUGUUAUGAUCAACAUGUUUGGCAAGUAUAAUCGUCUUGCCCAUGCAAUGGAAGCUUUUGAAAGUAUGAAAACAGAGGGAAUUGAGGCAGAUACAGUGACAUGGAACACACUCAUAGAUUGCCAUUGCAGACAUGGCCACCAUAACAAAGCAGAGGAGCUGUUUGAAGAAAUGCAGCGAAUGGGCUGUUUGCCUUGCACUGCAACAUACAAUAUAAUGAUCAAUGCUUUUGGACAGCAGGGGAGGUGGGGAAAAGUGAAGGAUAUACUGGGGAAAAUGCAGAGCAGUGGUGUACUGGCUAAUGUAGUUACAUACACCACACUGGUUGAUAUUUAUGGACGGUCAGGGAGGUUUAACGAUGCAAUUGAGUGCUUGAAAUUGAUGAAAUCUGCUGGGUUGAAGCCAUCCUCAACCAUGUAUAAUGCAUUAAUUAAUGCUUAUGCACAGAUGGGAUUUUCAGAGCAUGCAGUAAAUGCCUUCAGAAAUAUGAAAGCUGAUGGUCUGAGGCCCAGUUUAUUGUCUCUCAAUUCUUUAAUUAAUGCGUUUGGUGAGGAUAGAAGAGAUGCAGAAGCUUUUGCUGUUUUGAGGUACAUGAAAGAAAAGGACAUAAAGCCCGAUGUUAUUACCUAUACUACUCUGAUGAAAGUUUUGAUCCGUGUGGAGAAAUUUGGAAAGGUUCCAGACGUGUACGAGGAAAUGCUCUUGUCUGGGUGCACACCAGAUAGAAAAGCUAGAGCCAUGCUGCGAUCGGCUCUAAGAUACAUGAAAUCUAUGUUACAACCAUAGUUGGUUCCUGCUAUAGUUUAUGCUAUCAAUGCAUCGUUUCCAUGUGAGGUCAGUUGUGUAGUCCUAAGUGGCUUUAGUGUUAAUCGCUCUGUCCCAAACUAUUUGUCCCGCUUUUCAUUUGGGCCAUUCCAGAAUACUUAUCUUACUUCCUUUUUACACCUACAAGCACAUCUUAAACCAUGUGAAACGCCUGCCUAGUGGGACAAGUACUUGGGCCUUGGGGUGCAGGGAGUAUUCAAUAAUCCAGAUUUUCUACAGAAGGGCAUUCUCACUAUCCAGUCUUUAGGCUUUGUUUGGCUGUUCAAAAUAUUAGCUCGUUAUUAGCUUCUCUUUGAGGAAGCUAUUCAAAUAACAACUUAUAGCCGCAGAAAAGUCAAUCUUUUAUCAAAAUGCCCUAUGAUCGGUAGUGAUCCCUUUGUCGGAAAGAGUUGGCAAGUUUUAAUGACAUGUUGAAAAAUGAAAUGAUGUCUUUUUGGGGACAAAAGCUUUUGGAAGAUGAUACGAAGUACUCCCCCCGUCCCGCUAAGAUUGUCCCAUUUUACCUUUUCGGGAAAUCCCACUAAGAUUGUCUCAUACAAUAUUUGGUAAAGUUUGUGUGGCUCAUAAUCAUUCUUACUUUAUCAAUUCAACAUCAACCACAUAAACCCACUUUUCUUAAUAACCGUGCCACCUUCUUCCGUCCCAAUGUUAGUGGGACGGAGGUAGUAUUAUAUUGGGCAGCUCAUACCGAUAAUAUGCAUUUAAUAUUUUGAUCAACACUUUCAUUUCCAGGCACAGCUGUUCAUCAUUGUAAGUCUGUAAACCCCUCUCCCCUUCCUUUGAUAUGAGAUCAAGCUUCUCAAUAGUUUAUAUUACAUAGUUUGUGAAGAAAUGAAGUCCUAAAUAGCACAUGGAUCAAUUGCAGUUGACCUCAAAGCUAUUCAGAUCAAGGGAGUUAGUGUCAUAGCAAGUGUUUGUUCAUCUUGUCUUCCUUGUAUUGUAUUUGUAUAUAAGGGUUUUUCUUAUAAUUUUUAUACAGAUUCAAGAUGCUUGUUUUUCUUGUCUUCGUGAAAAAAUGUUGAUUUUGAAAAACAAUUUGAGACAGAGGUAUUAAUUACCAAUAGAAAUCUAAAACACCCUUUUAUGCUUAGGGUUCACCUAUUCCCACAAUCCCACCCAGACAAACAUGAGGCUUAGUCUUGACGCCUUGUCGCGCCUCACGUCUUUUGUCUUUUAGAACACUUGUUAGGCUUGGUUAGUCCGAGACUGAAACUGAAACCAACCCGAACUUGAACUUUGUCCAUCCCUGAUUACAAUAAUAAAUGUAAUAACCCCUUUGUAAAUUAUGUUGUCAAAUUUCUCUUUUUUGCCGUUCUAAAAAACUUUAUCAUUUCCGUUUAAAAUUGUUAAAAUUAUUUCUCACCUCUAUUUAGGGGUGGACUCGGGCCGGGCCAACCGGCCCGCUACUGUGCGGGCCCGGCCCAGCCUGGUGAACCGGUUCCGGGCCCGGUUCGGGCCAAUCGGCCCGUUGGGAUGGCGGUUCGGGCUCGGGCCCUUCAAAAGGUGAACCGGCCGGUUCGGGCCCGGGCCGGGCCAAUUUUAUUUUUUAUUUUUUUGAAUUUUUUUAAGUUUUUGGGUUGGGCUGGGUAUUUUGGGCCAUUUGAGGUGGUUAGGGUUGGUUUGGGGGGGGGGGGGGGGGGGUUGGGGGUUAACUAGGAAAAGUCAAAAAAAAAAAAAACAAUAGAACCAAGGCCCGGUCCGGACCCGGGGGUUACCCGGGCCGGUUCCGGGCCUCCCUUGAACCAAGGCCUGACCGGGCCCAGGCCCGAACUGGGCCCGAACCGGAACCGGUCCAUGUAGGGUUGGAUUCGGUUCGGGCCACCCGGCCCGGCCCGGUAAUGUGCGGGCCCGGGACCGGCCCAUUCGGGCUGUCCGGGACCGGGUAUGGACUCGAACCGGUGGGAAUGGGCGGGGCGGGCUCGGUGCUGGAUUAAUGUGACCCGACCCGGCCGGGUCGGGCCUGGGCCCGGGUCCGGUCAAUUUAAAAAAAAAA